AGGCUAAACUUUAUAUUUCAUUUCGAUUUCGGCAUAGAACAACAGCAGCGCCAGCAAUAUUUCUCAUUCAUAUAACUAGUAUCCAACACUUCAGUCAGACACACAACAAUAAUAAACAGUUCUUAGGUAUUUUAAAAAAUUGUUACUCUUAACACAUGUUAUAAGCUAAACAGGAAACCUGAAAAACGAAAAAAACCCAAAUAAUUUCGGCCUUUAGUCCUUUAUCUAACUGUUGUACAUUUUUAAUUCGUUGGUUACAUUUCGUGAGAGGACGAAACAUGCAGCGCGAUGACCCGGAACAUGAAGUAGGGGGAGGAGGACGAGGAGGGCGUCAUCAAAUGGAGACUAGCAUUCAGGAGAUGGAGCGAAAUCUGCAGGAAAUGCCACCAGCUCCGCGCAGAGAGAGUUUGAGUUCUUAUACAAAUUGGUCGCAACAAAGUUUCUUCAAUUCUUUCGUCAAUGAAAAUCUGGCAAUAAGCAAUAAUAGUUCUAAUGUGGAUAACGAGAACAUGGACAUUGGGGAUGUGCACGACCAGCUGAGAGCCUCCAAGUUCUUAAACUUAAUGCUGAUGCGACUAUGGCGACGCCGUCGUGCCGAAGUGUACGGCCUGCAUACCCUGGCCCAUAAAUAUAAGGAGCAUACUGAGCGCCUUCAGGAAGAAUUGAGCAUUCGGGAUCGGAUAAUUAGCUCGGAGAGACGCCGUAGUGAUCAACUGGCCACACAACUCAAUAACACCCUUGAUCGUUUUCGCCUCACUUGGCAAUCUUGCCACCAGAUUGACAAGGGAUCAAGGCACUCGAACAAUCGUGAGGAUAAGCUACGUGGCCAGCUCAUGGCCAAAUCGCAGGAAUGUGAGAAUUUUGAAGAAUUGCUGGAAGCGUGCAAAAAAGAUUUGUUUCGCGAGUUGGCGAAAUUUCGCAACUGUUCCCGUUUGUUGGCCAAUGAGCAACGUCGUGCUCUACAAUUGGAAUUGUUGAAUAAUGAAUUGGGGAACGAAUUACUGGCUCUUCGUGAAGUAUUACUAGUACAAAACAAUUUAAUGGUAGUGUCGAUUUGUGUAAAGCAGGAGCAACUCAACACGGCGUACGAGACAUUGAAGAUUUGUGAACAUGAGUUGGCCCUAUUGGAGAUCAAAUACAGCCAGUUGAGAGAGUAUGAUAUCCAGAUGGAGCAACGCAACAAUGAUGCAGCCAAAAAUAUGCGUUUCAUACAAAAUGUACUCUUCGUACAGGCAACUCGCCAAUCCAAUCCUCUAUAUAGCUGCUUGUAUCACAUAAGCGCCUGUGUCUUCGACUAUUUUAUGCCAUCGUACUCAACGGCAGCGCGUCUGGAUCAUACAGUUCGCAUAUUUUUGGCACUGGCUUUUUUGUUGGCAUCAUUCCUUUAAGAUUCGCAAAGACCGACGACCACCAAUGACUACCUGUUCCUCUCUUCUCUCGCUUCACUUUAUUGGAUUGAUCUUUCAGAGAGCAGUCUUUAAUAUCCAGUUUCAAUCAGGACAUACUUAUAAAUUUAUAGAUGAAAUAUUGCAAUUAUUUUUUCCAAAAGUUUUCAUCUUUGAGGCGAAUUUCACAUUCAACUAUGUACAUAUGUCUCUCUUUUUGUUUC